CCUCCGCCCUCGGGUUCAGCUUCAUCGUCGCUCAUUAGUCAUUACUACAUCACGCAACUGAACUUCAUUGGAGUCGACUGGGAGAAGAAGAAGAAUAAGCAGGAACUGGAAAAAUGGCGUCAAUCUGAAACUACCCAGUUGAUCACCAUCGCCGUCCCCUGCGAAACUGAUUUCAAAGUUGGCGUCUUUUUCCUAUUUCCUACUCCGAUCGACGACACUUCCAAUGGCGUCCCGGAUUGGCGGCUGCCGCCGUCGCCUUCUCCUUCUCUUCCUCCUCUCCCUCGCUUCGCAGACAGCUUUCUCGUGGAAGCAAGACGAGUUCCGAAACUGCAAUCAGACCCCAUUCUGCAAGCGCGCUCGGUCAAGGAAACCCGGUUACUGUACCCUAAUCGCCGAUCAAGUCUCCAUUUCGGACGGUCAGCUCACCGCCAAGCUAAUCCCUAGACCGAUUCCCAAUCAGGAAGACGGCGAAGAAGAUAAUCGCCAGAUCGCCAAGCCUCUGCUGCUCUCCGUCUCGAUUUACCAGAGCGGAAUCCUGCGCCUGAAAAUCGAUGAAGACCCGGCCCUCGACCCGCCCAAGACCCGGUUCCAAGUCCCCGAGGUGGUCGUCUCCGAGUUUGACGAGACCAUGCUCUGGCUCUCGAGGGUGUCAACUGAGACGCUCGACGGCGAUUCAGCUCCUUCCUCCGUCGUCUAUUUGUCAGAUGGGUACGAAGCUGUUCUUCGACACGAUCCGUUUGAGCUCUACGUGAGGGAGAAGUCAAGUAAGUCGCGUUUGGUUUCGUUGAAUUCGCAUCAGUUGUUCGAUUUCGAGGAAUUGAGGGUCAAGAAUGAAGGGGAAGAGUGGGAAGAGAGGUUUAAAGGUCAUACGGAUACCAGGCCUUAUGGUCCUCAGUCAAUCAGCUUCGAUGUAUCAUUUUAUGAUGCUGAAUUCGUCUCUGGUUUGCCUGAGCAUGCUACGAGCUUAGCUCUCAAACCAACUAAAGGCCCUGGAGUUGAAUAUUCCGAACCUUACAGAUUAUUCAACUUGGAUGUGUUUGAGUAUCUCCACGAGUCGCCCUUUGGUCUCUAUGGAUCAAUCCCAUUGAUGUUUGCUCAUGGUAAAAGUGGGAAGAGCUCUGGGUUCUUCUGGUUAAACUCGGCUGAGAUGCAGAUCGAUGUGUUGUCCGAAGGAUGGAAUGCAGAUUCAGGGCUUUCCCUCCCUUCUGACCAGAAGAGAAUUGAUACAUUAUGGAUGAGCGAGGCAGGGAUAGUGGAUGCUUUCUUCUUCGCAGGACUGGGUCCUAAGGACGUGGUGAGCCAGUACACAGCUGUGACCGGGAAGCCAGCUAUGCCACAACAUUUUGCCACUGCUUAUCACCAAUGCAGGUGGAAUUACAGAGAUGAGGAGGACGUGGAGAAUGUGGAUGCUAAGUUUGACGAGCAUGAUAUUCCUUACGACGUUCUGUGGCUUGAUAUCGAGCAUACGGAUGGUAAGAGGUACAUGACAUGGGAUUCAGUUAUGUUCCCGCACCCAGAGGAGAUGCAGAAGAAGUUGGCUGCCAAAGGAAGGCGAAUGGUGACCAUUGUUGAUCCUCAUAUUAAGAGGGAUGAUAACUAUUAUAUACAUAAGGAGGCUGCUGAGAAAGGGUAUUAUGUGAAGGAUUCAAGUGGAAAGGACUUUGAUGGGUGGUGUUGGCCUGGAUCAUCUUCUUACUUGGAUGUGUUGAGUCCUGAAGUGAGGAUGUGGUUCAGUGACAAGUUUGGAUUUGAUAGCUAUAAGGGUUCGACUCCGUCGCUGUAUAUUUGGAAUGAUAUGAACGAGCCUUCCGUGUUCAAUGGCCCAGAGAUUUCAAUGCCAAGGGACGCUUUGCAUUUUGGGGGAGUGGAGCAUAGGGAAUUGCAUAACGCGUAUGGCUACUUCUACCAUAUGGCAACCUCAAAUGGCCUUGUCAAGCGUGGAGAUGGAAAAGACAGGCCAUUUGUUCUGUCAAGAGCAUUCUUUGCUGGAACCCAGAGGUUUGGAUCUGUCUGGACAGGGGAUAACACGGCAGAUUGGGAUCACUUGAGAGCAUCUGUUCCAAUGAUUUUGACCCUCGGUUUAUCUGGAAUAUCAUUCUCAGGUGCCGAUGUUGGAGGGUUUUUUGGUAAUCCGGAGCCGGAGUUAUUAGUUCGUUGGUAUCAACUUGGUGCUUUCUACCCUUUCUUUAGGGCACAUGCUCAUCAGGACACGAAACGCCGUGAGCCUUGGUUAUUUGGAGAGCGAAAUACGAAGCUCAUCAGACAAGCCAUACAUGUCCGUUACAUGUUGCUUCCAUAUUUUUACACGGUGUUCCGUGAGUCAAACACUACUGGUCUCCCUGUUAUGCGUCCUCUCUGGAUGGAGUUCCCUUCCGACGAGGCUACCUUUAGCAAUGAUGAAGCUUUCAUUGUUGGAAGCAGCCUCUUGGUCCAAGGGAUUUACACUGAGCGAGCGAAACAUGUUUCAGUUUACCUACCUGGCGAUGAACUCUGGUACGACCUUUUGAGUGGAGCUCCGUACAAGGGGUCUCAAACUCACAAGCUAGUGGCAUUGGAAGAUCGAAUUCCUGCAUUCCAAAAGGCUGGGACCAUCAUACCCAGGAAAGAUCGUUAUCGUCGGAGCUCGACACAGAUGGUCAAUGAUCCCUACACUCUGGUGAUAGCUCUAAACAGUUCUCAAGCAGCUGAAGGUGAGCUCUACAUCGACGAUGGGAAGAGCUUUGAGUUCAUGCAAGGAGCCUAUAUCCAUCGACGAUUCGUGUUCUCAAAUGGAAAGCUCACAUCUUUAGACCUGACCCCUAACAACAAGAAGUCGAAAUUCACCUCUCAAACUGUCAUCGAAAGAAUCAUUCUCCUGGGACACUCUCCCGGACCAAAGAACGCCCUGAUCAAACCCGGGGAUGGUAAGGUUGAAGUGGGACUCGGCCCACUCGUGCUUGAAAGGGGUCUCGGAUCUUCUUCCUCGUUUGUAACCAUUAGGAAGCCAAGUCUCCCUGUGGACAAGGAUUGGACUGUGGAACUUGUGUGAGUGCCCAUUUCUCCAUGCAUGAAAAGAGACCAGAAAUGAAAGAGGAAGAUGAAGAAAGGAUCUCCCCAAGUUGCUGAGAGCAAUUUGCUCUGUAAUGUAACACUAUCCUUAUUCUCCGUGUUCCCUUUUUGGGGGAUACGAGAAGAACAAGGAUCCAAAUUUCUGCAUACCUGUUCUACUAGAGUCUAGAUACUAAGCUGUUUUAGAAGCAUUAGAAUACAUAUAUCACUAUAUCAGGUUUCAUAGAGCUGUAAGAUUGAAUUAUCAUCAUACAGUAGUUGUGUUUUGACUUACAGGAGAUUUCUGUCUUGUGAUUGAUCUCGGGGGUGUAGCUGUCCCUUCCCGUACUGCGUUUUUUAGUUCCAAUUGAGUUGAGAAAAAAAAGUUCAGU